AAGAAGAAGAAGAAGAAGAAGAAGAAGACGAGGAGGCAGAAGAGGAGGAGGAGGAGGAGGCCAAACGGACACCAACUGAAACAAAAGUAUUUCCAAACCAGCACCCAACUCCACCUUGUGAGGGCUCCCCCAGCAUGGCUUCCGAGGAACUCUACGAGGUAGAGAGAAUUGUUGACAAGAGGAAAAACAAGAAGGGAAAACCAGAGUAUUUGGUGCGAUGGAAAGGAUACGACAGUGACGAUGAUACUUGGGAGCCAGAACAGCACCUUGUUAAUUGUGAGGAAUAUAUACAUGAGUUCAACAGACGCCACAACGAAAAGCAGAAAGAAAGCACAUUAACCAGGACAAACAGGACCUCUCCAAACAAUGCCCGAAAACAAAUUUCUAGAUCUACCAAUAGUUCUUUUUCAAAGACAUCUUCUAAAUCUUUAGUUAUGAGUAAAGAACACGAGUCAAAAAAUAGUCAACUUUUUUCUGCCACACAGAAGUUCCGGAAAAACAAUUCACCAUCUCUUUCUGGACGGAAAAAUAUGGACCUCGCAAAAUCAGGUAUUAAAAUCCUAGUGCCCAAAAGUCCAAUUAAGAGUCGGACAACAGUUGAUGGCUUCCAGAAUGAAAGCCCGGAUAAAAUGGACCAUAUAGAGCAGGAUCAAGACGACUCUGUAGCACCAGAAGUAGCAGCAGAAAAACCGGUGGGAGCUUUAUUAGGACCUGGUGCAGAGCGUGCUAGAAUGGGGAGCCGACCAAGGAUACAUCCGUUAGUGCCACAAUUGCCAGUGCCAGUAACAGCCACAAUUGCAUCAGCAUUAACAAUAAAUGGAAAAGCAUCUCCCUGUAUUCUUCCCAGUGUUCUUUACUUCCUAUUUUCUUGUGCAUCCACUUUUAUGGAAGCAUUAGCAGCCAAUGGUACAACCAACAUACAGACGUCUGUAACAGGAGUGACAGCCAGCAAACGAAGGUUUAUUGAUGACAGGAGAGAUCAACCUUUUGAUAAAAGGCUACGUUUCAGCGUGAGACAAACGGAGAGUGCAUACCGGUACAGAGACAUUGUUGUCAGGAAACAAGAUGGAUUCACACAUAUUUUGCUAUCAACAAAAUCAUCUGAAAAUAAUUCAUUAAAUCCAGAGGUAAUGAAGGAAGUCCAAAGUGCACUGAACACAGCGGCUGCAGAUGACAGUAAACUUGUGCUGUUCAGUGCAGUUGGUAGCAUUUUCUGCUGUGGUCUUGAUUUUAUUUAUUUUAUACGACGUUUAACAGAUGAUAGAAAAAAGGAAAGCACUAAGAUGGCAGAAGCUAUUAGGAAUUUUGUGAAUACUUUUAUUCAGUUUAAGAAGCCUAUCAUUGUAGCAGUAAAUGGCCCAGCCAUUGGACUUGGAGCAUCUAUAUUGCCUCUGUGUGACGUGGUUUGGGCUAACGAGAAGGCUUGGUUUCAGACACCAUACACUACUUUUGGACAAAGUCCAGAUGGAUGUUCAUCCCUUACAUUCCCUCGGAUAAUGGGCCUGGCUUCUGCCAAUGAAAUGUUGUUCAGUGGAAGGAAGUUGACGGCGCAGGAAGCUUGUGCCAAAGGACUCGUCUCUCAAGUGUUUUGGCCGGGAACAUUCACACAAGAAGUAAUGGUUCGAAUUAAAGAACUUGUCACAUGCCAUUCAGUUGUACUUGAAGAAUCCAAAGCUUUAGUACGUAACAUCAUGAAGGUGGACUUGGAACAAGCAAACGAAAAGGAGUGUGAAGUUUUGAAGAAAAUCUGGGGCUCAGCACAAGGGAUGGACUCAAUGUUAAAAUACCUGCAGAACAGAAUUGAUGAGUUCUGAUGAGGUGCCCAUUGACACUGGAAUUGUAUUUCUUGGACAUCGGGGCAAACAAAAUAUGCCCAUUUAAAAAAAAUCCUAUAUAAACUAACCCCUUGUUCAACUUGGGAACAGGAGUGGACACACACACACCCCUCCCCUUUUAUUGUCAAGGGGUUUAAAAGUACUGUAUCACUUAAAAUUUGAACAAAACUCCUUUUUCCAUGAUUGUUACAUGCAGAUAUAUAUACACACACACAAGUGUUUGUGUGUGCAUAUAUAUAUGUCUUUUAUAUAUAUAUAAAUGUAAUAUGUGUGUGAGAGUGUGUAUGUAGACACACACACACAAGCUAAAAAAUGAUAGAGUGCACUACCAAACAUCUCUUUAAAAGCUCUAGUUUUUGUUAUCUUUGGCUAGUACUGUAUCAAAUAGAGAAUUAAUUAAAAAGUGAAUGGUGUUGCAUUAUUUUCUGUGUGGCAGGGAAGUCUGGAAUAAUGCUUUUCUUUUUCAUGAGAAUACAGAAUUGAAACGGGUAUUAGCCAGCCCUUACUUUCUCUGCCCAAUGAGUCAGCUAAGAUACAAGUCGUUGUCUCAAAAGAAGGUUGAAAUACCUCAAGUAAUGGAACAUUCUGAAAUUUUGGGGAACUAAACCCUAUUAAGGUUAAUUCACACAUAUCCCCAAAAAGAGAGUGUGCUCAGGAUGAAUGCUAAGAAAACACUCUAUCCCUUUUUUGGGGGGAGGUAUAGAGGGGUGGGAGGAAGGGGGCAGGAAUAUGUUUGACUCUUACCCAGACAGCAUGAAGAAACCACUGUCUCUUAGGGAAGGGGAAUGAGGGAAAAUGGGAGGGAAAUGGAAGGGGGAAGGAAAAAAAAAAACCAACACAAAAAAGCUUGUUUUGCAGUAUUAGUGAAUCACUGAAUAUCUUAUGUAUGAAUAUCCUAAGUUAUAAGUUAGUUUUAGUGGGUUUUUAAAAAGCCUCUCUGGGUUUGUUUUUGUUUUGUUGGUUUUGGGUUUUUUUUUUUUGUUUGGGG